UUUUGUUAAAGAUAUAUAAAUGAGCCUUGUUUCAUCACCAUUUCAUCAAUACAAUCUUAUAACUCUCCACAUAUACAUUUUGCAAUCAAACAACUGAAAGAUGGCAGGUAAAACUUUGAUUCUAAGUGUGCUCAUAAUGAGUCUUGUCAUGGCGCACAUUCAUGUCGAAGCAAAGAGUUGUUGUCCGAGCACGACUGCUAGAAACUGUUACAAUGUUUGCCGUCUUCCUGGAACUGCUAGGGAAACUUGUGCAAAAAUUUGUGGAUGCAAAAUUAUCAAGGGGACAAAAUGUCCUCAGCCAUAUACACAUGACAUUUUCGAAAACUCUAGUGAUGUCGUCAACGAAUACUGCAAGUUGGGUUGUGCAUCCUAUGUGUGUGAUACAUUAACCACUCUCCAGAACUCUGAUGCAAGCGAAAUUGUGAAUGGAGCAGCUGUACAAUGCACCGAGGCAUGUUUUGAGUUUUGUACCAAGGGCUCAUCCAAUGCAGUUGAAACGAGAAUUCAUCUCUAGUGUCCCUAUACCAGAAAUUUAUCUCUGCAUUACCCCCACUUAAUCUCACUACCCCUUUUUUUAACGAAAGGACGAAACUACCCCUCUAACAAUUUUUAAAGAAUAGUUGUACCAUAUAUCUCCUAGUUGCACCUUGCAUAGUUGUACCAUAUAUCCCCUAGUUGUACCAGUUGCACCAUAGUUGUACCAGU